AAGAGCUAGCUUCAUGGUGGUGUCUUCCGAGAUUUUCAAAGGGCAGAAGCAUGACUGGAACAUCCUAUUUUGAGUGCAAUUUUUAGGCAAUCGAGGGAAAAAAAAUGAAUAUAUUUUUUCCAUUCUUUUGGAUCCUGGAAGUGUUUGAAUGGUCACCUUUUGAUUCGAAUCCAAUUGACUGUUUUCUUAAGGGACUUAUAGGAGCGUGUGGAGUGUCAGUCUUUUAUAAUUUGAUGAGAGUUUAUAAUUUCAUUCAGGCAUGCAGUGAUUCGGAAACUCAAAGUGGAAGCAAGCAGAGAUCAUCCUCCUCCACAAACCCUUUGAGAAGGAAAUGGAAAGCGGCUCUCCAGUUCUGGUUUCUGACUGGAGUUCUGUCUUUGGUGGGCUCAAGGGUCUCCUCCCUCAUUGUGCUGGAGUUUUCCCUCCGAGUUGUUUCUGCAUUGACCUUAGCCGGAGCGGAUGAUGACUCCAGAGGUCUGGAACUGCUCCUAAUCCAGAGUCAGUUCUCCCUGGGCUGCGGCCUCACCUGCACUCUGGCCUUCAUCCAUCAGGGGGCUCCACACAGCUCCUUCGGCUUGCUGCUGGCAGCUGCCCUCAGCUGGGUACUGGCAAGUUACAGCAGCAGUCUGUGGAGCCAUGUGGCCAGACUGUUCCCACAGCACAGAACCGAUUGUUACUGUGGGAAGUGCAUCAGCCUUCUAACCUCUGGACACACCAUGAUGGCUUCACUGCAAAGAGCGGUUAUCUUGGCCUUUGCUACAGCAGCUGUGGCUUCCACCACCACUGUCUAUGAGCACUUCUUAUCCCAGAAGGAUGCCAUGAAAUUCUGGACUCCCCUGACACUCUGCUACACUAUGCUGGUGGCCUAUAACCAAGAGGAACAGAAGCGAAUGACCGUUACAGAGACCCUCCUGCGCACCGUAGUGUUGCGACUGGGAGGCUUGCUGGUGCUUAUGCUGGCAGUGGGAUACUGGUCAGAUGUUCUCCAUGUCCUCAUCGCCUUUCUGGGAGAAGGAGUCUGUCUGCUGCCUGCUCAGGAUCUGCUGCAGGCUGCAGUAAAGGAAGAACAAGAGAGCAGCAAACUACAAACAGAGGUCCGACCACAUCUUAAGGAGGAGAAAAAGAGUCGAUGACAUGGCAUCCAAACAAAGCAUCAUGGGUUAAAAGAAUGAUCUGGGUGUUUUUAGAAAUGUUUCUCAAUUUGCCAAACCUAGUUUUGAAUCUGUUAGUGCACUGUGUUUUAAGCUUAAAACCAAUUGUUCAUGCAAAAUUAUGAAAU